AUGAUACGAACGCUUAAGGAAGAAAUUAUCAACGAAUUGAGUAUUUGGCAAGAAACAAAUGCCGAAAAUUGCCAAUUAAAAAUUGAUAUUCAUCAUUUUCAGCAAAGACUUAAAGAAUUGGAUGUUUUGUGUAGCAAUUGUGAAACUUUAAAUGCAGAAAUUAAAUGUCGAAAAAAACGUUAUUCGGAACAGUUGACAAAAAUUUCAAAAUUAAUUUCUGAACAGAAUUUUGAAGCUGCUAAUUGGGCAAUAAUUUUGGAUGAAAUGGUAUUUGUUAAUCGAGAAUUAUUUGACACUUUGUUGUCAACAGCUAUUGCAGAACGACAAGCUCUUCAGAUUGAAGUAGUUGACGAGGAGAAGUAUAGAAUUAUAGCCGAAAAAUUAGUUUUGAAACGGAUCGAAUUACGCCAAGAAUUACACUCCCAAAUGAACAGUUAUGAAUCGUUGAGAGCACAAAUUAAGCAAACUGAAAUUCAUCUGAUGAAUCUUCAAAAAGCUGUCGAUGUAUACGAUGCGGAAUAUUGGCAGUUAGAUGAUACAAAACAUGAUUUACAAUCACAAAUUUUCAAACUACAACAACUUCUUCGUCAUUCUCAGCGUCAUCGUCAUUUCAAUUCAUCGCGCAAAUCAUCUCCUUCAAAUGAUGAUAACAGUGAUAAGGAUGAUAAUGCGGAAUAUAAAAGUGACAAAUGUUUAACAAUAAAAUCCGAAUCCAAUGAAACGAUUUCAUGUCGCAAGAAAUCAAAGAAAAUGAAUUAUGAUAUUGCAAGUGCUAAAGGUGAAGGUCAAAUGGUAUCGAAAACAAUACCAGAAAUAAAGUCAGCUAAUGUUACUGAUAAAAGGAAAGAUUUCAAAAAAAGUGCUAUUGAAGUUGCUGGCCAAUCAAAAGUUGACGGUAAAUUCGGGCAUGAAAAAUUGCAAUCAUCCAAACGUGAAAUAAAAAUAGCAAAUAAAACGACAAGUUUGGACAUUUUAUCUGACUUUACAUGGAACGAGCAUGAAAAUGAUUCCAUGCACGAUCAAUCAAUAUCAACGAGUUCACCGAUAUCAACCGAUAAAUCUCAUUUCCUCGUUCAAAAUCGCAAAUUACCAUUGUACGAAAAGCGAAUCAACCAGCAGUAUAAGGAAGAUUCAGAUGGAUCAUCAUCGACGGAAUCCUUCAAGACCACGCCAUCAGAAAUAAUGAUGAGUAAAACUGAGACCAAAAAGGGAACUGAAUGCUUCGAACCGAUUAAAUUAAUUGAAAUUGCUGCCGUGUCACCGAGUUUUGCUAAGGACAUGAAACAUCAAAGGUCACCGAUUGAUUCGGAGCCAAAAGAAAUGAUAGCAAAUGAAGUUAACAGUAAUCAGGAAAGUACCACUGAUUUACGAAGCAGCGAUGAAGAGAAUGGUAUCAGUUCAAGCAAAUUAAGCAGCUUUCCGGUUUCGGAUGGUGAAGGAACCGAUUUAAUAUCUGAAUCCAUUUCGCUUUCGGAUCCAUCAUCGGAAAAAACUGAUUCUGUGUCAACAGUUGAAAGUGACAUCAAAGAUCAUGAAAGAAAGUUGUUUUCGUUCCUCAACAAUUCCUCUGAACAUCAAACUGAAAUUCAGCCACCACAGAACAUUUCAGGAUCUGAAAUAUCAACAGACAAGGAAUCCGAUUUACGACGUUCGGGAAGUUUGUCACCGCAAAAUGGAAACAUCGAAUUGUGGGAGGAAAUCUCGGAGAGGACAUUUUUCCGUAAUAUUGCUAAUCGAUUUUGA